AUGCAAGUACAUUCUAAACUUGCCCAACGUUUACAGCUACCAGAAAAUGUAAUUAAUUUGAACAAUCCUUCAAUCUUUGAUAGUCAUAUUAAUCAAGAAUUGGAAAAAAGAUUAGGAGUAAUCGAAAUUAAUUUAGCCAAACUCACCAAACUCAUAAGAGAAGAUACCAUAGAUACCAAAUCAACCCAGUAUCGGUAUUCAGAAUCCCCAGAUUAUAAUAAUGGAGGAUUGGAAAAAAGAUUAGAACAAAUUGAAGCCCACUUGGCCAAAUUUGCCAGAAAAGAUACCAAAUCGUCUCAGCGUCAACGCUCAGAGUCUUCACCUUUUGGGGGGCUGGAAAAAAGAUUAGGACAAAUCGAAGCUUUAUUGGCUAAACUCGCUAAAGAUUCCAAAUUCAGAAGUGGUCAAGUUCAUAUGGCUACAAUAGAUGAACAGUCUGAUCCCAUUUUUUCUGAUGAUGAUACAGCAAAACCUGAGGAGAAUGGUUAUAACUCUGAUGGUUCGUCAGCCGGUUCAGACUCUGGAAAUCAUGAUAUGAAUAUUUAUAUAAGAAAAAAAAAGUGA